CACACACACUCACGCCAAUCUCUGUUGUGUCUCUCCAAACUGCACAUGUUUCUUAGCUCUGCGGAAAAGAGAGGCACAUCCUGGAUCAGCUGCUACAUAUGCAGUCUUCCUUAAACAUGUAGCACAAGUAGCAGCUCAAAGUGAGUUCCGAUUACAAUAAAGUGGACCUGAUCUAAACAAGGAUUUUUAUUUAAGACUCUCGAGCAGCUGUAUACCGAAACAGACGCUGGAGGACCUGUGAAGGCAGACAGCUCUCAAGACUUCCUGCUCAUCACUUGUUCUCCAGAAACAUCUUUAUACAACAAAUAUGAAAGAAAGUUUCAGUGGCUACGAGAACCAGCUCUUCAAAGAGGAGGACCUGACCGGAGAGGAGGAGGAGAUGCCUCCCUUCAGAGGAAGAACCCGAGGGGGUUGUGUGAAAUGUCAACAGACUCGCUCUCUCCAGCUGGCGGUCAGAGUUCUCUACGGCUUCUUUGCCUUCAUAGUCAUCACAUUGACAGUCCUGGCUUCUCUGGUUUUUAGGAAGGUUGACAGCUUAUCUGAAGAGGAAUUGCUUUUUCAGAAAAAGAUCCAGGGGAGUACUCAAGAUUUUAGCACCUUGAACUGUACAGAAUGCUACAAUGCAGUUCAAUUCCAGGAAGAAAUCCUCAGACUCAAGAAAGAACUCGAAGACCUUCAAAAGACGGUUGUGGGUCAAGAGCAGUCACUAAACCAGACUACUCAGUCGCAAAGUACUUUAAAACAAUCCAGUAACAGGAUGAUAAGAGAUGUCCAGGCUUAUGGGAUUACUGUUAAACGAAUAAACCAAUCUCUUGAGCAGUAUCUCAAUCAGGUAAAUGGUUGGCAGGCUGUUAUCAAUGAGACCGAUCAGGGCAUGAAGACGUUGGUCCAAGACCAGUUUGAUUUAAAGGCUACUGUGCAACAAGUUAACACUACUGUCACACUUAGUGCCUUGUGGAUUGAGGCUCUUAAGAGAAAGGCCGAAGAAGAGGAAUUGGUGUUACAGAAAAUAACCAAAGACUGGCAGAACUACAGCAGAACACUAAGUGGACUCAAAUCCAAUUCCAGCACCAAUGUCCAAACAAUGCGAAUCAUUCAGAAUGGCAUCUCUGCCACACAUCAGAGAAUCAGCAUAAGCUCAGAUAUGGUGCAUGAACUUACAUUACAGGUCAUGAACUUGCAAAUACAGCUGGAUAACAUGUCUUCCUACAUUGACGAGCAUGAGGAAAACAUGCAUGACCACCAGUAUCAUGCCAAGUACUAUGAAAAUAGGACUGAGGAAAGGUUUGUGACACUGGACACAAGAAUGAGUUCCAUUGAACUAGAGAUUGAGACCAUUGCCUCCAGCAUUAAUGCUACAGUCACCCAUGUUCAGAGCAUGUACAAAUACAUCAACAUGGAAAGCUCAUCUUGCCAGACAAAGCUGAGCGGCCACACAGAGGACUUGCAGAAUUUAAACAAUACUGUUUUGCUUCUGCUGAAUCUCGCUGAUUCUUUAAGAUCUCAGUAUAUGAUGCUUAAUGUCCGUCUUGAUGUGGAUAUGAGGAACAUCUCUAUGGUUAUGGAGGAGAUGAAGCUGGUGGAUACCAGUCAUGCCCAGCUGAUCCAGAACUUCACCAUUGUUAAAGGUGCUCCAGGUCCACCAGGUCCAAAGGGGAACAAGGGUGACCCAGGACCAUUAGGUCGUACAGGAUCAACAGGGAUCAAAGGGGACAAGGGACGUUUAGGUGUUCCUGGUCCUGUGGGACCAAAGGGUUUUAUAGGCCCUAAAGGAGCUCAAGGGGAACCUGGACCUUCUGGAGUCAAAGGAAGCCAAGGACUAAAAGGAGCCAAAGGAUCCUUGGGACAACCAGGACCUAAAGGUGAAAGAGGGCAGAAGGGUGACAUGGGAGUUGCAGGCAAAGAUGGAUUGCAAGGGCCACAAGGACCAACAGGAAUACAAGGGCAAGCGGGACUCCCUGGCGUACAUGGGAUUCCUGGGCCUAGAGGAAAACCUGGACCUGCUGGCCCACCAGGUCCACGUGGACCUCCUGGACCACCAGGGGACGUCACCUUGGGAUGAGAAAUGCUUAAUAUCCUCGUGUUGUGAUAUCUCAAAAACCACCUUGCUGGAAGCGCAACAAUUUAUGAAUAUGAAUGAACAUUUUGAAGUAAAUAUAACUGCAUACAUUCUAUAUAUGGUCCACCAUUUACAAACCUUAUGUUCAAUAUACAUUCCUCAGGCUAUAAACUGCGCAUAGAUACCCAAUAGUUCAUACGCAUCGCAUGACUAUGCACUUAGCACCAUGGUGGUUGCCUUGUACUAAUGGCGGAAGACUAUGUAGGUCUUACUACAGCACAACACUCUGGACAUUUACAGUUUAUGUUUUAUGGUUGAACAGAUGUUUUGAGAAUGUCUCUGAAUAAUGAAGCGGUAUGUUUUAAUAUUUGUCAUGGCCUUUUAAUCGUUUUAAUUAAGAAUUCCCUUACAUAUCAUGACAACAAAUGUUAAGGCACUUUAAACGUUAAUACUGUUCGCGAUCAAGCCAUUCUUUUAAAAUCAGAUUUAUUUUUUUAUGUACACCAUAACAUAUUCGGAGCAGGUACUCUGAACAAAAUAUAAGAACAUGGAAUUGUGAGAUUUUUUAAUUAUUAAUCCAGUGACAAAAAAGUGUAAAGUACAGUGAAAACCAUAAGAAAAUGCAAACUACAGCAUAAACACUACAUUUUUAAUCUACAUUUUGCUGAUUUUUAUUUUAAUGUUAUGAGAAAAAAAACAUAGUUAACACAUUUUAUGUUUUCGCGCAGCAUUACUGUAUACACUGUAUAUGAGUUUCAUUUUGACAGGAGUGUUUUGAACACUGUGUUUAAUAAAUAAAACCAUUUCUUAA